AUGCUAAAUAAAGCAUUUCGUUCGCGUGAUUUUGAAUUUUUAAUUCUAUUUCGUUUCUUUAUUUCUGAUCUACAUCAACAACUUUCUGAUACGAAUAUAAAUAAAAUGAUUUCAACAGAAACUAUUUAUUAUCGUGGUCAAUUAAUGCAUAAGAGCGAACUUGAAUCUUUAGAAGAAAAGCAAUUAAUUUGUAGUCUCGGCUUUUUCUCAGCAACUCGUGAAAGAGAAUUAGCAUUAAACGUUUAUGCUGGUGCUAAAAGUUAUUCAUUAAUUAAUGAACUCCAAUCAGUUUUAUUCAAAAUCAAACUAUCAGCUUCAAAAUAUAAACAAUUAAUAUUUUCUGAUAUAUCACCUGUAAGUCAUUUCGGAAGUGCAGAACAAGAAAUUUUAUUUACACUUGGUUCUUAUUUUGAAAUAUCUCACAUUCAAUUUGAUAAUAAUCUUUCCACUUGGAUUAUAGAAUUAACUGAAGGUUAUGUUCAGGAAACAAUGAAUAAAUCUAAAAAACCUUUCGAUGUUGAAAUCAUUUCAAUUGGUUUUUAUUUAUUUGUUUUGAAUGAUAAUUUUCGAUUAGCAGAACGAUUUUAUGAAAAUUUAUUAUACAUCUCAAAUUCAUUACCAUGGAUUAUUGCUCGUCACGUUGGAUUUGGUUUAAUUGAAUAUUUUAAAGAAAAAUAUCAAUCCGCAUUAGAUAAAUUUAAAGAAGCUUUAGAAAUAAUUGAUAAAGAGAAUGUCUAUGCUACAUGUAAAAUGAUUGGAAAUAUUUAUUGCCUUAUUGGAAAUGUUUAUAGAGAAAUGAAAUAUUAUAAUGAAGCAUUGAAUUCAUAUGAUAUGGCUAUUAAAAACUAUCCAGUUAAAUUUUAUUUUAUUCAAGAAAAAGAUCAAUAUUGGACAAUGCAUAGUUAUACGAAAAAAUUAAAUUCAUUUGUAAAAAAUGACAAAUAUUUCUAUUAUUGUGAUCGACCUUCGUUAAAUAAAGUAAUCACUUAUAAAAUUACCGAACAAUGGGAUUUAGCAGUAGAUAUUUUUAAAAAUUUGUUAAGUGAUACCAGAGAACGUUCAAAAACUGGUGUUAUUGCGAUGUUUGUAAAAGUAUUAGGAUUUUCUAAAGAAAAUGACAAUAUAUCGAAAAUAAAUGUUACUAAUCAUAAAUUUCUUGGUGAUAAAACUUAUUCUAAUUUCUUGGACAAGAAUUUUAAAUCUUGGAUUUUAUAUGCUUAUAUUGAAUUAGGUAAUCAUUAUAUUGAUCAUAAUUAUCUUGAUUAUGCAUUUAUAUGUUAUCGAGAAGUUAUUCAAUGUGAAAUAGAAAUUGAAUCUUUUAUGAAUGUUGAAUGUUUUUAUGGUAUUGGAAGAAUUUAUGAAUUAAAAGAAGAUUAUAUUAACACAAUUGAUUGGUUUAAAAAGGCUAUUGAUUACACUGUUACAAAUAUAGUUGAUACUAGGUAUUUAACAAAUAUUUUUCGAUAUAUAAUUUAUGAAAAAUUUUUAUUUAUAUCAAAUGAAAAAUUAAAUGAUAAAUUUUCAUCAAUUCAUUAUAUGAAACAAAUAAUUAAUAAUUUAAUUCAAAAUACAAAUUAUUUGGAUAAAAUUUAUGAUUUAGUUGCUAAAAUAUAUAAAAUAACAAUGCUAUAUUAUAAUAGUGAUGAUAAUGGAAAUAUAAUUGAAUUAAUAUGUAAUCAUAUAAUUGAAGUUUUGGAUAAGAUUAAUUCAAAUAUUCAAUAUUGGAAAAAAUGGAUAUGUAUUGGCUCGAAUUGUACUGUGAAAAUAUUUGAUACUCAGUAUUUUCAUUGUGAACCUAUAGUAGAUAAUAAUUGUAGUGCAUACUUAAAAUUAUAUGAAAAAUUACUUGAUAUUAUCUCCCAAAAAGAAUUAAUUCAAUACGAUUAUGAAAGAGAUCGAUGUAAUUAUUUUAUUAAUUGUUUAAAAGUUAAGUAUUUUGAUCAACAGCUUGCACUACUUCAAAAUGACUCAGAGAAAAAUUAA